CAGAAAACCAAAAAGCUCGUAUACGUCGCGACGUUGCGUGGCUUUCCUUGGUUUUCUGGCAAUGGACGCGGUUCGCUACGUCGCCGUGAUCCUCAUCCUCGGCUUCGUUUCCGAAUCUUUCUCCCGGUUGAUCAUCCGAAUCAAGCCGGAAAACCAAGGCUCCGCCGCCUCUGCUUUGAUCUCCGACGGCCGGACCGACCAUGUCUCGUACUGCAACAGCUGGAGAUUCUCCGUGGAGACAAAUGACGCCGGCGUCUGGACUCGGAUCCCUGCGAGGUGCCAAGAGUACGUCAAGGCGUACAUGACCGGCGACCAAUUCCGCUCGGACUCGGAGCUCGUCCGCGACGACUCGCUGGAGUUCGCGAAGACGGUGGAGCUCGCCGGCGACGGCAGGGAUGCCUGGGUCUUCGACAUUGACGAGACGUUGCUCUCCAACAUCCCGUACUUCGCGAACCACGGCUUCGGCUCAGAAACAUUCAACGAAAGCACCUUCGACAAAUGGGUGGAUACGGCGAAGGCCCCGGCCUUGCCAGCGAGCUUGACCUUCUACAAUGAGCUUCAGGCUCUGGGCUUCUCCGUAUUUCUGCUCACCGGCCGGACUGAGCGCCAGAGAAACGUCACCGAGACAAAUCUCCUCUCCGCCGGCUACACCAACUGGGACAGGCUCAUUUUGAGGCGGCGAUCGGAUCUGGGCAAGCCGGCAACCGUGUACAAAUCGGAGAAGAGAAAGGAGCUGGAAGAUGAAGGCUACGUAAUCCACGGCAGCUCCGGGGACCAGUGGAGCGAUUUGGUGGGAUUUGCGGCGGCCAAACGUUUGUUCAAGCUGCCAAAUCCGAUGUAUCACAUUGCCUGAAACUGAGAAGAACAUUAAGGUGAGCGCGUAAUUGGCAAAUAUUACUCCGAUCUGAUCCGCUGCUGCUGUAAUUAAUUGUUGCUAAUGUGGGUGUUGUUUGUUGGCUCCUCAUAUAUAAUUCUAUUUUCUUGUCCACACCCAAUUUUUGGUGCCUUGUCUCGCGGCUGUAGCAAAAAAUUUUGUUUUGUGUA